AUGGCCCCCCACGCAAAUUCGGAUGUUGCUGCCAGUGGCGCCGUGAACGGGUCCGCUCAUGCUGCUCGCGCCCCUCUAUUUACCGUCAACUCGCCCAAUGUCGAGUACACCGACAAUGAAAUCAAGAGUACCUAUGCUUAUCAUACUACCGAUAUCACCCGCGCUGCGGAUGGUAAGCUUGUCGCCACCCCCAAGGCGGCCAACUAUCAGUUCAAGGUCGACCGUAAGGUUGGCAAGGUUGGUCUGAUGAUGGUCGGCUGGGGUGGUAACAACGGUUCCACCGUGACUGCCGGUAUUAUCGGAAACCGCCAGAACCUUACUUGGGAGACCAAGGAGGGUCCGCGUGCUGCCAACUACUAUGGGUCUCUUGUCAUGAGCUCUACCAUCAAGCUUGGAACCGACUCCAAGACCGGCGACGAGAUCAACAUUCCCUUCAAUGAUAUGCUGCCUAUGGUCCACCCCAACGAUCUUGUCAUUGGCGGCUGGGACAUCAGCAGUAUGAACCUUGCUGACUCUAUGGACCGUGCUCAGGUCCUUGAGCCUACUCUCAAGCAGCUUGUUCGCAAGCAGAUGGCCGAGUUGAAGCCCCUUCCCAGUGUCUACUACCCUGACUUCAUCGCUGCCAACCAGGAGGACCGUGCCGACAACGUCCUCGAGGGUUCUAAGGCUACCUGGGCACACGUGGAGAAGAUCCAGGCCGACAUUCGCAACUUCAAGGCUGAAAAUGGUCUCGACAAAGUGAUCGUCAUGUGGACUGCCAAUACCGAGCGUUACGCCGACAUCGUCCCUGGCGUCAACGACACCGCCGACAACCUUCUGAACUCCAUCAAGACUGGUCACGCUGAAGUCUCCCCCUCGACAAUCUUCGCGGUUGCCUGUAUCUUGGACAAGACUCCUUUCAUCAAUGGAUCCCCCCAAAACACCUUUGUUCCCGGUGCCCUUGACCUCGCUGAGAAGCACAAUGCCUUCAUCGGUGGUGACGAUUUCAAGUCUGGCCAGACCAAGAUGAAGUCGGCUCUUGUUGACUUUCUGAUCAACGCUGGUAUCAAACUUACCUCGAUUGCCAGCUACAACCACCUUGGUAACAAUGACGGCAAGAACUUGAGCUCUCAAAAGCAGUUCCGUUCCAAGGAGAUCUCCAAGUCCAAUGUAGUCGAUGACAUGGUUGCUGCCAACCACAUUCUGUAUGAGAAGGAUGAGCACCCCGACCACUGUGUUGUGAUCAAGUACAUGCCUGGCGUUGGUGACAACAAGCGUGCUCUCGAUGAGUACUAUGCGGAGAUUUUCAUGGGAGGUCACCAGACCAUCAGCUUGUUCAACAUCUGUGAGGAUUCGCUGCUUGCCUCUCCUCUCAUCAUUGACUUGGUUGUGCUUGCCGAGAUGAUGACUCGUAUUAGCUGGAAGGCCGAUGACGACGCUGAAUACAAGGGCUUCCACAGCGUCCUCAGUGUGCUGAGCUACAUGCUCAAGGCUCCCUUGACUCCACCUGGCACCCCAGUUGUCAACUCCCUGGCCAAGCAGCGCAGCGCUCUCACCAACAUCUUCCGUGCCUGUGUUGGCUUGCAGCCUGAGUCCGACAUGACUCUUGAGCACAAGCUGUUCUAG